CAGAGGUUGAGCACAUUGUUCCUCCGCGGGAUAUUAUGGUUUAGAUAGUUAUGAAUGAAAUCGCAUUGAGUGAACAAAUUUAGUACUUAUAUUCAACCCUUGCGGCCUUUCAACCACUCGGAGUGGUUGUAGUUUUAUGUCCUUAUAGUCUAUUUCAAGAACAGCGUUUGUGGAAAUCAGACUGAACACAAAAUGGCUGGAAUCCUGUUUGAAGAUAUCUUUGAUGUAAAAGACAUUGAUCCAGAUGGCAAGAAGUUUGACAGAGUGUCUCGACUACAUUGUGAAAGUGAAUCUUUCAAGAUGGACCUCAUCUUGGAUGUGAACAUUCAGAUAUAUCCUGUUGAUCUUGGUGACAAGUUCAGACUGGUGAUUGCCAGCACAUUAUAUGAGGAUGGAACACCAGAUGAUGGAGAGUACAACCCUCAGGAUGAUCGACCGUCUCGAGCAGACCAGUUUGAGUAUGUGAUGUAUGGAAAGGUGUACAAGAUUGAAGGCGAUGAAACAUCAACUGAAGCAGCGACACGUCUCUCUGCCUAUGUGUCUUAUGGAGGUCUUCUUAUGAGGCUGCAGGGAGACGCCAACAACCUUCAUGGUUUUGAAGUGGACUCCAGGGUCUACCUUCUUAUGAAAAAGCUGGCCUUCUGAGCACUGGUCUCCUGGUCCACUCACUCACUGCACUCUGUUGUCAUCUAACUUUGAAGUCAUAGUGAAAUUUAUACAUCUAUGUUUGGAGCAAUUUACAGAAGGAUAACAUGGACUAUUGGAAAAAUACUUUUGGAAACACCUUUUCUGUGUCUUAAUUCAUAAAAAUGCUUUAACAGAGACACAGUACACACUCAAGACUUUGGCAAUAACAGAUACAAUCUCAUUCUCAAGCAAUUGUAAAUAAAUAUUUCUUUUAUAAAAACAAUGGUUAGCAGAUGCAAGGCAUUUGCAUAAGGAUCUUGAUCCAUUAUGGGGUUUAUUUUAUUUUUUUCUUUUUCUCAAAACCUGCAAAUACUCGCCUCAAACAUCACAUUUAUUUGGAUUUUUAACAGCACGACACCAGCGAGACUUGCUGUAAUAGUGAGAUGAAACAUCAAAAAUGUUAUCUGAGACAUCUUCAAGGGAAUCACAAGUUUUGUUCAAGGGAAUAACGGUUCAUAUAAUUUAAGUUCGCAUUUACAUAAUUUAUUUUCAGAUGUUACAUUUUCACAACAACCAUUUUGUUUAUUUCAUAUGUCGACAAACCAUUCAACUUAAAGAUUUGUAAAAUCGACUUUGAAUAUUAAGUGGUGUGGCCAUGAAAAAUUCAAGAUGGGGACAAACUGAAAUUCUAUGAUGCUGGGGACUGCAAAUCAAAUUAAAGGCAAGAAAAAGCAGCUUUUGUGCACAAACAGAGCUGUUUAAGCCUGUGAUAAUGAAUGUCACAGGAUAGAGAAGAGUUACCAGUGACUCACGCAUUCCUGAUAAAUGCAAGUAAAACUUUAAUUAACGUGGAAUUUUCUGAUGCAGUAAAACAGGCCUGCCUGCACAUCAUGUAACAACAGUAUACUCAUUUUUUAAAUGAGAAAUAUUUUAAUUUUUCAGAUGGAAAUUGGUAAAUCACAACAUUAGAUCCCCCAAUUCACACUAGCUUCUCACAUAAAUUGUGAUGCAUUUAAUGUGUUCAAAUACAUUGCUGUACAAAAGUAUUCACAUCCCUUUGUUUAUUUUUACAUUCUGAGUUUCACAACAGUAACUAUACUUUCAAUUGAGAUCCACACAAAGCAGUUCAUAAUUUUAAAGAAUAAGAAAAUGUUGUUUUUCCCUUUUUAUUCUCAUAUGUAUACAAUUUUGAAAAGUGUGGAGUGCAUUUAUAUUUAGUUCCCCAGAGCCUAAUUAAAAGAACCCUUUUUGGCUGUAAUUUUAGCUGCAGUUGGUUUUGGGAGGAUCUCACAUUGGCUACAUAGUGCUGGUGAAUGCUAUUCUCAAUUGGCAUUAAGUCUGGAUACAGAUUGUAUCCUUCCUAAAACACUUAUUGUUGUUUUGAGAAUAUUUUUAAAGUCACCUCCAGUCUCUAACAGGGUUUUUAUAUAUAUGGUUGUGCAUAUUUAGAUCUAUCCAGCUAAAUAUGCACAACCACUCCCUGAGACAUUUUAGGCCCACACAACAACAAAAUAUAAAUUACACACAAUCUGAAUUUAAUUACUAACUAGUUUGCUUCUGGAAGCAUGCUGGUUGCACUUUAUGUUUUUGGGGUGCAUCAGAUUAAAUGGGGCAGAAUUCAUUUGCACGCCUCACUUUUCAGACUUAUUUGAAGAACGUUUAUUUUCAUUCCAUUCCAUUGUGUUAAUUUGCAAAGGUCUGUCAUAAAAUCACAAUCACAUUUUAUAUGAAAUGCGAAAAAGUUCAAGCAGGAAUACUUUUGCUAGGCACUGGAAACACUAAUGUCAGCUACCUUAAAAAAUCCCCAAAAUCUACUAUUUGCUGUACAGUUUUUGAAACAAAAAUAUUAUGACUGAUGACAAAAUUAAUUAGAUCAGACAGGCUAAAACAGGAGUGUCAAACUCCAAUCCUCAAGGGCCGGUGUCCUGCAGUUUUUAGAUGUGCUACAGGUACAAAACACUGGAAUGACAUGGUUUGAUGACCUCCUCCUUGUGUAGAUAAGUUCUCCAAAGCCUUGCCAAUGACCUGAUUAUUCUAUUCAGGUGUGGUGCAGCAGAGGCACAUCUAAAAGUUGCAGGGCAGUGGAACCUCCAGGACUGGAGUUUGACACCUAAAAAAAAUAUUUUUUUAUGUUUAACACACUUUCAUAUUGGUGAACUUUGUCAGUUGUCAGGUUUUUAAUGGUUACUCUUAAAGACUCCAUUCAAAUGCAUUUAAAAUGCAUAUGAAUGCUUAUGAAAACAGGAAUGAAGAUUCAUGUUACAGUUUGGAACGUCACUAGUUUUUGUGCUACCGGAAGUGACGUAAUCUGCCUUUGGGGAGAUUUAUACGUAUUUAGUUGGGUAGGAUUGGUCGUGGCGAACAGCAUCUGUUCUGAGACUUUAAAAAAUUUUUUGUCAAGUCGCUUCACACUUUUUAGCUGCUCCGAAUAGAAAAACACAGUACGUUCUCAGUGGUUUUCUUUCUCCUGUCUUCCGGCUGUGGACAGAUUUAAGGUCUCAUCUCCGUCGGCACUAAUUGGAAGCGCACAGGACUUUUUCAGCAGAGCUUCGUGUGGAGACGGCGAUGUCUUGGGAAAAAUCAGCGAAAAAAAAUUAAGUGAACCACAAUGGACUAUCAACGUAAAAAGAAACUGACAUUCUCCACCAUUGGACUCAUUUUUCUUUUUAGCGGUGUGGAAUAUGGUAAGAAGUUGAAACUGCUCACUGACGCUCUGUAUUAGACGGGCAGUGACAUAACUAGUGAAUAUAUUUAUUUGAGCUACAGUCUUGUGUGUCUUUUAAAAGAGUCUGCAGUUUUGAAAGCUACGGAAGUGGAUUUGAUCAUACAUUCUGUUUAAAUGCCAUCGAUUUUGCUAACAGUUUUGACCUGAACCAAUAAAUGAACAAAAAGUGUAUUCUUUUA